UAGUAAAUAUUGUCGCCCUUUUGACGUUUCGUUCGUCUGUCAUGUCGAAGAAAGAAAGCCCUUUGUAGUGAAAAUGUUUGCAGAGGUAGAUGUUUUUAUCAGUAAUUACACUUUGGUCGACCCGGAGGUCUACCAGCUAUGGAUCGAAGGCUACUCCUCCACCGAAGCGGUGACCUUACUGAAACAAAAGGACAACCUGAUGGCGGGCAUUCCAUUGGACCUGAUCACAUCGGACGUCCUUGACCACUACCGUACCUACUCGCUGUUGGAGCGCCUACUGCACACUCCACCGAAGCUCUCGGAGCAACCAACAUUCCAGCUGGAGCCGCAGAGCCGUUCUCUGCUGAUAGAGAAGUACUACUCGCUGGAUGAUUCCGUGGCGCGGGAGCUGUUCGGCAAGAAGUUCAACGCCCGCAACCGGAAAGACCUGGACGAGGUGGCAGAGAAGACCGGCGUGCGGCUCAAGUCCUGUCGGCGUCAGUUCGACAACGUAAAGCGUAUCUUCAAGGCCGUCGAAGAGAUGCCGGGAAACACGGCCACCAACAUCAAGCAGUUGUUCAUACUGUCCGACGAGUUGGCCCAGAAGUAUGCCGCCGUGGUGUUCAUUGCGUGUUUGCGCUUCGAAACGACGAAGCGCAAGCUGCAGUAUCUUAACUUUAAAGAUUUCUACGAGUGUUCACAAGCAAUCAUGACAAACUGGACUUAUACUUACCAGCAUGCUGGCCCGGAAUAUUAUGAUACAGAAAUGGACAAGGAGUUUCUUUUGGACCUGAGAGAAAUACGGUAUCUGCUUGACAAAGAGAAGGAAAUAAAAUGUUUGGUCACAAUUCGCCUGAAACCGACCAUGCUCGACCGGACCUACCAGGAGAUGGAUGCCAGUUUUCGUUCGUACUGGCGCUCCAUCAUCACCAUCGCCACCAGUUUGCAUCGGACGCGUGAGAUGCGGCAACUCUUCCUGGAACUGACCGAACGGCUCAUCGAACCGUGGAAGCUGAACAACUGGCCCAGGGAUCAAGUCGCACAGUUUAUGCAGUGCCUCACGCAAGCCGUCCUGGAUCUGGAGGUGCCCCGGGACAAUCAGGACAUUCGCUGCCUGUGGGAUCGCUACAUGCAGGUGGUUACGAUUUGUUUGCUGAAGAUGUAUCACAAUUAGCGAGGGGAAACUGGCAAUAGAGACUUAACACAUUCUUCCGAUGCAUAUUAGACACGCGAAUUUGAUUUAAGAGUUGAAAUAAAACGAACUCCAUGUCGUCAUAUCAGCGAACCGUA